AUGGCUUCAUCCUUCCUCUGCCUCCUCUUCAUCAGCCUCAGCACAGCAGAUGGAUUUUUGGAGUAUCAGGUGGAUCGCUGUGUGUUUAACUCCACUGAGCUGAAGGACAUCGAGUACAUCAGCUCUUGGUAUUUCAACAAAGUGGAGGACGUCAGGUUCAGCAGCAGUGUGGGGGAGUAUGUUGGAUACACUGAGCCUGGGCUGAAGUAUGCAGCAGACUGGAACAAAGAUCAGGCACAGAUGGCUGCAUGGAGAGCUCAGAAGGAGACGUACUGCCAACACAACAUUGGUAUCUGGUACAGCAACCCUCUGUCUAAAUCAGCUCCGCCCACUGUCAAACUUCACUCCACGACGCCUCUCUCCAGUCAGCAUCCCGCCAUGUUGGUCUGCAGUGUCUAUGACUUCUACCCCAGUAAGAUCAAAGUGAGCUGGCACAGAGAUGGACAGGAAGUCAGCGCUGAUGUCACUUCCACUGAGGAGAUGGCAGAUGGUGAUUGGUACUACCAGACCCACUCACACCUGGAGUACACACCCAGGUCUGGGGAGAAGAUCUCCUGUGUGGUGGAGCACGCCAGCCUGAAGGAACCUCUGAAAACUGACUGGGACCCGUCCAUGCCUGAGUCAGAGAGGAACAAGCUCGCCAUCGGAGCCUCAGGACUGAUCCUGGGUCUGAUCUUAUCUCUGGCUGGAUUCAUCUACUACAAGAGGAAGUCCCGAGGUCGUAUCCUGGUUCCCAGUAAUUGA